CGCGAUGAGCCCGACCCCGAGCCGGCCCGCCGGGGAGUGAGCGCGGCGCGGAGGGCGCGUUGCGCAGCUGCUCCUGCGCACAACCCGGCCGGCGGCCCGCACCGGCAGGAGUGAGCGGCCGGUCCGCGCUGCGCCCGGCGCCGGAGCCGAGCGGGAGCAGGAAGCGCAGGCCACGCAGGGACCCAACUGAAACAAAGUGUCGGCCGCCGGCGGCGCGGCGCCUCGCCCGGCCCGGCCCCGCGCCCCCCGCCCCGCCGCCCACCAUGGCCUCCGAGGAGCUGUACGAGGUGGAAAGGAUCGUCGACAAGAGGAAAAACAAGAAGGGGAAGACGGAGUACCUGGUUCGGUGGAAAGGCUACGGCAGCGAGGACGACACGUGGGAGCCGGAGCAGCACCUGGAGAACUGCGAGGAGUACAUCCGCGACUUCCAGCGGCGCCACAGCGAGAGGCAGAGGGAGGGCGCGCUGCCCAGGGCCCCCCGGACCUCGCCCAACAGCGCGCGGAAGCAGGUCUCCAGGUCCACCAACAGCAGCUUCUCCAAGGCCUCCCCGAAGCCCCUCGUGAUCGGCAAGGACCCCGAGUCCAGAAGCAGCGCCUUGUUUGCAGCCAGCCAGAAGUUCAGGAAGAACACGGCCCCGUCCCUGUCCACCCGCAAGAACAUGGACCUCGCCAAGUCAGGGAUAAAGAUCCUGGUGCCCAAGAGCCCCAUCAAGAGCAGGACCACGGUGGACGGCUUUCAGAGCGAGAGCCCCGAGAAACUGGACCCGGUCGAGCAGGCUCAGGAGGACACGGUGGCGCCGGAGGCGGCGGCCGAGAAGCCAGUGGGAGCUCUGCUGGGCCCCGGCGCCGAGCGGGCGCGGAUGGGGAGCCGGCCCCGGAUACACCCGCUAGUGCCUCCAGGGUCCGGCCCCGUGACUGCGGCCAUGGCCUCGGGCUUAGCCGUGAACGGGAAAGGUACCUCUCCGUUCAUGGAUGCGCUGACAGCCAACGGGACGACCAGCAUCCAGGCGUCGGUCACGGGCGUGACAGCCGGGAAGAGGAAGUUCAUUGACGACCGGAGAGACCAGCCUUUCGACAAGCGGCUGCGGUUCAGCGUGAGGCAGACGGAGAGCGCCUACAGAUACAGAGACAUCGUCGUCAGGAAGCAGGACGGCUUCACCCACAUCUUGUUGUCCACCAAGUCGUCAGAGAAUAACUCACUGAAUCCGGAGGUGAUGAAGGAGGUGCAGAGCGCACUGAGCACGGCUGCAGCCGAUGACAGCAAGCUGGUGCUGCUCAGCGCCGUGGGCAGCGUCUUCUGCUGCGGCCUGGACUUCAUCUACUUCAUUCGGCGCUUAACCGACGACAGGAAGCGGGAGAGCACGAAGAUGGCCGAGGCCAUCAGAAACUUUGUGAAUACUUUCAUUCAGUUUAAGAAGCCGAUCAUUGUAGCUGUGAACGGCCCAGCCAUCGGCCUGGGCGCGUCCAUUCUGCCGCUCUGUGACGUGGUCUGGGCCAACGAGAAGGCCUGGUUUCAGACGCCCUACACCACCUUCGGACAGAGCCCCGAUGGCUGCUCCACCGUCAUGUUCCCCAAGAUCAUGGGAGGAGCAUCUGCCAACGAGAUGCUGCUGAGCGGGCGGAAGCUGACGGCGCAGGAGGCGUGCGGCAAAGGCCUGGUCUCCCAGGUGUUCUGGCCCGGGACCUUCACCCAGGAGGUCAUGGUUCGCAUUAAGGAGCUCGCCUCCUGUAACCCGGUUGUGCUCGAGGAGUCCAAGGCCCUGGUGCGCUGCAACAUGAAGGCGGAGCUGGAGCAGGCCAACGAGAGGGAGUGCGAGGUGCUGAAGCGCAUCUGGGGCUCAGCCCAGGGCAUGGACUCCAUGCUCAAGUACCUGCAGAGAAAGAUCGACGAGUUCUGACGCCGGGCGCCCCCCGACCCCGGACCCCGGAGCGCGGCGCGGACGGCAGGGCUGGGUGCCCUCCCGGCCGACACACGGUCACCGGAGCUCACGCUUGGGACUGGAAACAUCCAAGCUAUUUAUUACCAAGGAGUUUUUAAGUACUGUAACUUUAAAAUAAAUAACUACAAAGCUCCUUUGUCCCAACGUCAUUAUUUUAUGCUGAAUAUACACUCAAGUGUAAACAUAUAACGGUGAGCUCCGACGUUCGUGACCUUUGGCUAGUGCCGUAUACAACGUGUGCUUCCCUGGUUUGGGUGGCAGAACAAGUCCGGAAUAAUGUUUUCCUUAUCUCUUCCUUCUAGAAAACAGAAUCUAAAGAGGUGUUAGCCAGCCUCACCUCCCCUGCCCCAAAUAGAAACAUGGAAAGAUCUGAGGCGUGGCCUUGACUCCAAGAAGGUACAAACCCUCAGAGCUGGAAAAUUCUAAAUCGUUACUUAUCUUUUAGGAUAAGUAUUUCUGAUGACCGUAACCUCUAAGCUAAAACACGCUUAGGAUUCAUGCUGAGAAAUCAGUUGAUUCUUCUUUCUUAAAUGUGUCCAAUUCUUACCCAGUUAACAUGAAGAAACCACUCUCUCUCUGGGGGAAAAGCUUGUUUUGCAGUAUUAGUGAAUCACUGACUAGCUUAAGUAUGAUAUCUAAGUUCUAAGUUAAUCUUAGUGGGUUUAUAAUUAGUUUUUCAGACCCUUUUGAAAAAAUAACUACAUACGUGCUUCUUGUUGCUGGGUGAGAAAUACUACUUUAUAUACAGUUUUGGGUUUCUAUUUGCAGGUAUGAUUGAUGUAUUACACCAAAAAUAAAAGUAUUUUUAUGUUUAUAAAGUGUAAUUUUUAGGUUCACUUAGAAUAUAUUUUAUUUAAUAAGUUAAAAUUCUUUUGGCACACUAUUAAAUGCAGAAAAACUCCUUUUUAAGAGAAAGAACUGCCUUCUAUUCGACGUUUAAUGUUCUUGGCCUCUGCUCUCGUGGCUACACAAUACACCAAGUGCAGGAUGCGGUCCGAGAGUGCCCUGUGUAAAUAGCCGCCCCCCGCCCGCCGGGAGGGGGACCGACUCCUGAUUCUAGACGCCUGUCGUUAGGUAGGCUUCUGAGCUUGCAAUCAUAUUGAAUGUAUGAAGAAUGAAAUAAAAUCAAAACCUUAUUUUUGUACAGUUUUGAAGUUUAUACUUAGAACCGACCGCCUCCCGGCCUUGGGGAGAGCUGUACAGCGUGUAAAUUGGCCUUUACCUUGGAUUGGUUGGUGCAGUAUUUUUGCAUCUGUGGGACCUACUUUUUCGUUCAGUAGUUUGAACUAUAUAUAAACUGUACAAUCUGUAAAGUUUUUAUAGAAUAAAUAUUCAGCUGUGAAAACUGGUUAAAUAAAACUAAUAUUUCUUAACACA